AUGCGACUCAACCAAUAUCAACCACUUCUUCUCUCAUUACUCCUUCCCCUCGUCAUCGCCCACCCGUAUCCGCAAGCUGUUGUUAAAAAGGAUGCCGUCGCUUACACUACUACUUGGACCGAGACGAGAACCUACACUAGCACUAUCAGCUCAUUCCUAGGCGACUCGACCGCACCAGCAGGAGGGUCAGGCGAGCCCUGUGUACCACCCGAAGGAUCAGGGCAGAUCGCUUGCGGCGCCAUUUGCUGCGCCAAUUGGCAGUACUGCGCCUACGAAGGCCAAUGUUUGGCAAACGGUGGCGGUUCUUGGACUCAAUGGACCACCGUCGGCGUCGUCACCACUCAGUACUCGGCUCCUUACAGGGUUACCAGUGGUAGCACCGUUAUAGAGACCACCCCACCGACUACUACUACUGGCACCGUAGCCAGCGAAACUGCUUCGGCUACAACCACACCGGCUCCUGUCGCAACCACGAGCGGUUCAUUGAGCGGAGGUGCAAUUGCCGGUAUCGUUGUUGGUACUAUUGCUGGUGUAAUUCUACUACUGCUGCUAUGUUUCUGUUGCAUCGUCAGAGGCCUCUGGGGUGCGUUCGCCGGCCUUUUUGGCGGAGGCAAGAAGAAACGAGAGACGGAACGAAUCGAGAUCAUCGAAGAAGGAUACUCAAGGCGCGGAAGUAGACACGGUAGCACAUAUGCUGGAGGUGCAGGUGCAAGUGCAGCACGACCGGUUCACCGGACUUGGUUCGGGGGUGGAGGUGGUGGAGGUCGACCCACGUCGGCCGCCGCUAGAAAGGAGAAAUCGGGAGGCGGAGCGGGCUGGCUAGCCGCCGGCCUAGGCGCGACCGCGCUACUUCUAGGCUUGAGGAGAAGUGACAAGCAGCGCAGGACUAGCAGGGAGAAACCGCCGCGAGGCGAAAGUGACUUCAGUAGUUCGUACUAUACCGACUCUUAUACUGCAAGCAGCCCUACUCGGAUAGGAGAACACGCGAUACUCGACGUUCUAGAAACUCGAGAGGAACGAGAGCUUCAAGACCUUCACGAGCCUCCCGGGGGCCCUCGAGAAGAAGCUAAACGACCGACUCUAGCCUCCUUGCUCGUCUCCCUCUUGGCCUUUGCUGGACAUGCGUCGGCGGCAACGUGGUAUUUCCUCCGGUACUAUCCGGCGUCCGGACAGAAGUUCACGUCGUUCUCCGGAGACAUGACGAUCCCGGCUCUGCCGAAAGCCGGGACGUAUUACUUGUGGCCGGGGCUGCAGCCCACUGACAAUACUGGUGUAUACCAGAACGUACUUGAUGGGAGAAGUGGAACGUGGUGGAUCGGAUCAGGAUGGUGUUGUUCGAACCCUAAUCUUCCGUGGGGAAGCGGCUUUAACACCUACGCCAACGAAAAGGUCACGUUCAGCAACAAGCUAGACAGUAGCGGCUCGACGUGGACGUCGACUCUGACUCGGCAAUCCACGGGCGAAAAGGUGACGGACAGCUUCCCGUUGGCCGGUAAAUCGUUUAACCAAGCACUAUUUGCAAUCGAGCUUACCGGUGUCAACUGGGACUUUGGUCCUCUUGCGUUUUCGAAUAUCGUAAUUACAAGUACCGGUACCGACUCGAGCUGGUGCAACACAAAGCCCGAAAACUACAAUGGAGCAAGUGUAUACUCUAUUAGCGGUCUGAGUGCAAGUGUGAGCGGCAAUACGGUGACCUGCAAAAUCAAUUCUGUGAUUCUUCAGAAACCAGCUUAG